AUCAGUUCGGUGUUUAGCUGAUGGAAAGUCAUUAACUUUUAAAUUAUAUCGAACAUUAUUUAAGUAUCAAAAUGCUGCCCCAAGGGAGUCGCGUCUUACGUCGAUUAAUUCCGGCAAGAUUACCUGCAAGAAGCUUUACAUCAGCGGCGGCCCAAUCCGGUGCUGGCCAGCCGGAACAGCAAGACGCGGAGACGCACUUUGGCUUCGAAACGGUGAAGGAAAGUGAAAAGUGGCGCAAAGUGCAUAAAGUUUUCGUGGAAGUGGCAUCUUCCUACGAUCUGAUGAACGAUGCCAUGUCGCUCGGGAUUCACCGCGUCUGGAAGGACAUCUUCAUGGAGCGGCUCGGGCCCAUUGGCGGUGGCAAUCGGUUGCUGGACAUGGCCGGUGGAACCGGCGAUAUCGCGUUCCGGUAUCUCAAGUAUUUGAACAAUCAACCGCAGGACGGGGAACAGCCGAACCACGUGACGGUAUCGGACAUCAACCAGAACAUGCUAGACGUCGGGCAGGCAAGGUUCAAGAAUCUGGGAAUUCAACCUAGCAAUUGCACAGUGGAUUGGGUCUGUGCGGACGCGGAAAAGCUUCCAUUUGAAGACAAUUCUUACACUGCCUAUACGAUAGCUUUUGGAAUUCGAAACGUGACUCACAUCGAUCGGGCACUCUCCGAAGCUUACCGCGUGUUGAAGCCAGGAGGACGAUUCUUGUGUUUGGAAUUCAGUCACGUCACGAACGACUAUCUUCGAUGGGCGUACGACCAGUACUCCUUCCAAGUGAUUCCUCCGAUGGGACAAAUCCUCGCCAGUCAGUGGCAACCGUACCAGUACCUGGUGGAAAGUAUCCGAAAGUUCCCCAAGCAGGACGACUUUAAGGAAAUGAUAAAAUCGGCCGGAUUCAAAUGCACCGAGUACGAGAAUCUUUCGUUUGGAGUUUGUGCAAUUCACUCGGGCUAUAAACUUUAAAUCUAGAUUAAAUUUUCAAAACAACCUAUCCCUCAUGGGUUUCCUAUGCAGAUAGGGCCUUUUGAAAAUUUAAUCGUGAAAUGUUGAUUUAUGGUUCUCUAGAAAAUAAACAUUGCUUGUAAAAAAAAAACAUUUAAACAAGGUUUUGUUUAGUAUACUCGAAUUCUUGUAAAAUACAUACAAACAUCAUUUAAUAACUUCCAAUCAUCAAAACAGUAGAAACCUCUUUAAAGAUACUCUGAAACACUAUCUCAAAGCACGGACGACGUCCGUGCUUAAAGUAACCGUUCAAGUUACCGAUAAAAAGUUGUAAACUAACAGGCUCCCGUCGCAAAUAAGCAAUCAAUUACAAUUACAACACUGUAACGAGUAUAAACAAAAUAUUUGUUUUUUUUUUUUUA